ACUACUUCCGGUUAUCCUGCGUUAGGCGACAAAAAAAAAAAAAACAAUCAAUGUAAAAGUUAAAGUCGUGGAUAGUGUUCUAGCCUGCGGUCAUGGAUAAAGCAAAAAGGAAGAUGAAGACCAUAACAAGUCUCACAAAUCAAGCUGUUGAUGAAUAUGAAAAUCUUUUAAAUGAACACAGAAAAACAAAGGAUGAGUGUGAAAAAAUACAACAUGAGAGAGAUGAGGCUGUCAAGCAACUCAAAGAGUUUGAGAGGGUUUCUCACAAGGUUAUAGAAGAAGUUAAUGCCAUACAGGGCCAUCUGGAUAUUGAAACAACUUGCCGUAAAAGUGCAGAAGCGCUGGCUUCAAAGCUGAACAGACAGAACAAGUCUCUGAAAAGGUUAAGCAUGAAGUGUAUGGCAAAGCUGGGACCCGAAGUUCUUGCAGAAAUCAACAUUGAUGACGGAGAAGAAAAUGAUGAUUGUAAAACAUGCACCUCUGUUUCAUGUCAGCAACAAAAGAAAGAACUACACAUGAAACUGCUGUCUGCACAGGAAGAAAAGAAAAACUUUGCCAUUGAAUUACAGGCUUUAAAGGACAGGCUAGAAGAUGUCAAAGAACAGCUAAUGAAAGAGAAACAAGAAAAUAUUGUUUUGACUGCAGAAAUACUGAAACAAAAAAAAGUACUGAAUACUUACAACAGAGUGUCAUUGCUUGCUGUAGAAGAAUAUGAUGAAAUACACAGUAAACUGGAACUAGAAUCUGAUCUUCGGAAUAAAGCAGAAUCCUUUGCUCAUGAGAUGUUUGUGGAGCAGAAAGUACUCAAGAGGCAAAGCCAGUUAUUGAUGCAAUCUGUAUCACCAGGUGACCAACUUAUGAAAGCUUUGGAAGACAUUGCUUCUGUAACUCAAACCUUAGAAAGAGAAAGAAUUGAGCAUGAACAGAAGGUAAAAGAAUAUGAGGAACAACUAAGAAGCUCUGACUUGAAGAAAGAGAUUACCUUUUUGAAACGACAACUGGAUAUAUUAGAGGAAAAUAAGAAACAAUUUGAGGUGAGAUGUCAAAAGUCAGAAGAGCAGGCCAGAAAUCUGUCACACACAGUGGAAGAACUGAAGAAGCAACUCCGUCAGGCAGUCAAUCCAAUGCCACCCCCUGCUCCCCCACCACCACCACCACCUCCCCCACCACCACCACCCCCACCGCUUUCGGCUUUAUCCAACCCACUCAGCUCUCUCAUGUCCAUUAUUCGCAAGAGGACACAACCUUGCAGCAGUCUUUCCAAGACAGAAGGGGAUAAAGCAUUUCUUAAAGAAUCAGGAGGCAGUCAAGAUCACUUCAGAAAGCAGGCAAUUGAUGAAAUGAUGGACAGGAUCAAGAAGGGAGUUCACCUUCGACCUGCAAACCCAGAAAGAUUAAAUCCGCCCCAGGCAGAACAGAAGCAUUCAGAUAGUGCUGUGAAUGAGCUCAAAGGAAUCUUGGAUAAUUUCAAAUCAGUGACAAAAUCCAGACAGUUUGCUGUGCCACUUACAGAAAGCAAAGAAACAGAACUACAGAAAGUUCUUAGGCGUAGAAGAGUCAAUGAUGAUCAGGAUGAACUCCCCAACUCUCUGACCACAUCCACAACUGUAACUGAAAACUUGAAAACCGAAAGCAACUUAGACCUGAGCAACUCGGCUAUACCCCAAAGCCAUGAUGAAAAAUGUGCCCCAGAGCAAAGAGUGGACAACAGAAAUGCUUAACAUUGUAAUGAAUCAAGAUAAAUGGAGAGCAGCCUCAAAGAAGCAAAAGAAAGUGAGAUGCCAAACAGUAUGGACAUCUGUAAACGUAUCUAUGGCAAUACAAUUCCUUAAUUCCUUUUGUCAUUUAAAUAAAAAUACAAUAGUUUAAAUACAAAUUAUUUAUGAGUUCAGGUCAUUUUUAUAUUUUGGGAUCAUUGAUGACAGAGAGAGCCAUUUGUAUUGUUUGUUCAAUGAAAUGAAAACACAUGGAAUGACAUGUAAUCCCUACACAUCUAGGAUAUGAAUUGGAUCUUUAAAUCCACACAUAACACUGAAAAUCAUUCCAAUAAUAACAAUUCAACUAAGCUGUAUUUGGAGGAAAUGCUAAAAUAGAGAAUGCAUGGCAGAAAAGUAGUGUGUUUCAUUUAAAUGUUUUCCUGCACUGGAGAGCACUCAUACAAUCCACAUAGGCCUUUAGUUUUUGCAAUUUUUUUUGUACAAACAUUUAAAAGAUAUUUUUUCAAUCUUUAUUUGCAGAAUUAGGUGUAAUGAAAGCAUUGACAUUUCUGUUUAAUUGAUAUUAAUUUCUAUUUCAUGUUUAAUACGUUGUUCCCUUAUACCACUUUGUAUAAUUUCACUAAGAAAUAAGGUAUGUCUAAGUUUAUAAUUAAUUAUUGCUAACUAAUGUUAUUAGUGUUCUUCAAGAAUGGCAUCCAUUUGCCAUCCUAACAAUGCUGUAAUUUUAAACUGCAUAAUGUAAGGGUCCAAAAUGUCACAUUGUUAGUAAUUGUUUUGUGAUUUUUCUAAAUAACACAUAAUCAAUAUAAUAAAAGUUACUUUACAGGGAG